AUGAGCAUGCGGGAUGAAACCCGAAGGCGGCUCUCUAUCGCCAAGGGGUCCUUCGAUGCUGGGCGUAAGCUGCUCUACCAGAACAAGACCAUCUCAUUGAAAAUCAGGGCCAGUCUGUUUGCUGCCGCCAUCCUCCCCUCCUUCUUCAACCUGAGCCUUUGGGAGCCUCAAGGGGAACACGAUGUGCUUUGGGUCCCAUUGCCGAUUGUCCACUUGAUGACCGGGUGCUGGCCAUUGGACCUGGAGGCUGUUAAGUCGCGACUGGGGCUCCUUUGCUCCUUGGUCGCGGUCAAUCCGGCCCCACUCUGGGCCCUGCUCCAAACGGAACAGACAUGGGUGCGAGCGCUACGAGCUGACCUACAGCUUGUGGUCGACCAGGGGGGCACCUGGCCAGCGUUUGCGGAGGAACAAUGGCCACGCUGGUGGCACAUGAUGAAGUACGAGACGGUGGCCUUCAAGCGCAUGUUCCGACGCGCGGCCUCUACCCAGCCGCGACUGGAUCUCGUUGAAGCCCACUGGUACUGCAGGCCGUGCGGACAGGGCUUCCGCAACAAGGCUGGACUAGAAGCGCAGGCGAAGCUCUACCUACAUCUGAGGGACUCCCCCGGCUGUGUACGAACUCUCCGUCACCACGGAUUCGGUGCUGCUACGGCGCCACCUGGACAAGGCAGCAGGGCCUGGCGGAAGAAGGCUGACGAGGAGUUCACUUUGGCGAUCCCGCAGCAGGUCUGUGACCCACUGCCGCCAUGUCGAGAAGGCAAAUGGGACGAUGUCCAACUCGCGGCCUACGCGGACCUUUGCAACCUGCUGUUCCAGGACCUGGAAUGGAGUUCGAAGACCAGCUUGGUGGACCAGGGGGAGGGAGUGUUGGCGAAGUUCCCGCUCUACAAGGCUGAAGAAGGCGAAGUGUUGCGCUACGUCCUCGACGAGGUCCGGCUGCUGCGCGCAGAUGAUCCGGACUACCCUUGGUCCCCGGAGGCCUAUGACAAUCUCAUCGACACCUUGGCCCAGAUCGAUGAAAUGCCGACCUUCGUCAGCAAAACGGAGGAGGAUGAGGCCAGCGAGGCUAUCUCCUACCGGAGAUUUGCAGACGUGGUGAGCCAAGAACAGUGGGACAAGAUCCACUUAAGGCGUGUGAGUAGUUGUGUGACCCCUGCACAGCCAUUUGAACUCCUGGAUGCCAGCUGGGAAGCAGAGUUGCUGACAUUCAGUGAUGACUGUUCAUUCUCUGCCACGAUUUCCUCGGCGCUGCUUUGUGUGCCGAAACCAGUUCGGGACAUGUGGGAGCAGGUCAUACAGGGCCGUGUUUCCUCUAUAUGGGCACCGAGCGGUUUCUGGCAAUCGCCAUUCGCUGCUCCUUUCAAGCAGCUGAGGGCCGUUCCGCAUGCUUAA